AUGGCGAGCGGAGCUGCUGCAAAUCCUACCUCACGCCUCAAAGCGGCGCAGCGGUGGCUCUGGCCGUCGGGCAGCUAUGGUGGCGAGACUUCGUCUCGGCAGGUUCAACCAUGCCACAAAGAAGCUAGGGCGUACCCCAGAAGCGACGCGCAUUGUCCUCGCCCGGGCAAUGUGGCAAAUAUGCGAGGGCUACCGGGUGGAGGACGGAGCCGGCCAAAGAAAAAUAGCGUCACAGCGGUGGAUCGACUAUCGGAUCGCUUGAUGGCUGUAAAAGUAGAUACAGGAGAAGUGGAAUUGCGAGUCGUCUCUGCUUAUGCGCCACAGAUGGGCUGUAGUGAAGAAGAGAAGGCGUGCUUUUGGGAAGAUCUGGAGCAGUACGUCCAAUCCCUGGAAAGCGAAGAAGUACUUUUAAUCGGAGGAGACUUCAACGGACAUGUCGGUUCCCGGAAAGACGGAUUCGAGAGUUGUCAUGGUGGAUACGGCUAUGGAGCUCGUAACGACGACGGGUUGCGAAUCCUGAAGUAUGCUGUUGCAAGUGACUUGAUCAUUGCUAACACGCAGUAUCGGAAAAGAAAAUCGCAUUUGAUCACGUACACCAGCGGCGGUCGUGAAACACAAAUAGAUUUCUGGAUGUUACGCCGACGAGAUCGCCGACUUCUGCAGGAUUCAAAAGUCAUCCCUACAGACCAUGUCGCUGCCCAACACCAUCUGCUCGUUAUGGACUUGAAAAUCUCCCGUCCAAGGAAGAGACAUCCAAGGACUGAAACACAGCGCAUCAAAUGGUGGAAUCUGAAGGAUCGAAAGGAGGCGGCAAUUCGUGAAAAGAAGUCCAAGUAUAAGCUCUGGUGGAGGACGCGUCAGCCUGAAGAUCGGGGUGCUUACCUAGCGGCGAAGAGGGAGGCUAAGAAGGCAGUCUCCAAGGCAAAGUCGGACCGCUACAAGGCUGUGUAUGACAUGCUUGAUACCAGAGAAGGCGAGCGGGCAGUGUAUCGUUUAGUCAGAGCGCGUCAUCGCUCAACGUUGGAUAUGGAGCACACCAAGAUCGUUAAGGGAGCUGAUGGAGCCGUUCUGCGCCGCUCUGGUCAGAUCCUGGAGAGGUGGCGAGAGUACUACAAUCACUUGUGUAACGAAGAGUUCUGUCAUCCUCCCAUCCCAACCGUUCCCAGCGUCGAGGGUCCUGUUCUACCAACUACUGCCGUCGAAGUCAGUGCUGCCCUCGCAAAAAUGAAGUCGAACAAGGCAACCGGUCCUGAUGACAUACCUGUUGAUGUCUGGAAGCUGCUAGGAGAUCGAGGGUCCAUGUGGCUCGCAACUCUAUUUAACAAGAUCGUUGCAGAAGGACGGACUCUAGACGUUUGGCAAACUUCCGUGACCGUGCCUGUCUGGAAAGGGAAAGGAGACAUUGCUGACUGCACCUCGUACAGACCUAUACGACUGUUCUGCCAUACGAUGAAGGUUUUUGAGCGUGUCCUGGAAGCUCGUCUGAGGAAAAUUGUUAGCGUUUCACUCAACCAGUGCGGUUUUGUGAAGGACUGCAGCACUAUGGAUGCUAUCCAUGCUGUCCGAAUCCUCCUGGAGAAACAUCGGGAGAAGAACCGCAGUGUGCAUCUUGCUUUUCUCGAUCUCGAGAAAGCUUUCGACCGUGUCCCACAUGAGCUGUUAUGGAUGUCCAUGAGGUCGCAUAGAGUACCAGAAGAAUAUGUGCGGUGGACGAAGCUGCUUUAUGCGAAGCCUACCAGCGUUGUACGAUGUGCUGUUGGAACAAGCAGGCCAUCCCCUGUACGAAUAGGGGUUCAUCAGGGUUCAUCUCUCUCACCUCUGCUGUUCAUACUGUGCAUGGACACGAUAAUGAAGGAAAUCCAGAAGCAGCAUCCGUGGACUCUACUCUUUGCCGACGAUGUCAUGCUCGCGUCGGAGUCUCGAGAUGGUCUUCAGAAACAAGUGCAGUCUUGGAAGGAUCAGCUGCAGCAAUAUGGAUUGCGCCUCAACACAUCAAAAACUGAGUACAUGGAGUGCGGACCAAGGAUAGAGGAUGGUUCAAUUCGUGUUGAUGGCACCGAAUUAAACAAGGUGAACUGCUUCAAGUACCUUGGAUCCAAAGUGACUUCCACAGGCGACAUUGAUCAAGAAGGUCGAGGACGUGUUAAUGCUGCAUGGAUGAAAUGGAAAAUGGCAACAGGGGUACUGUGCGACAAGAAAGUCCCUGUUCGACUGAAGUCGAAGAUCUACAGGACGGUUGUGCGUCCUGUUGCCCUUUACGGAUGCGAGUGCUGGCCGACAACGAAAGCCUUGGAAAGAGUGCUGCACGCUAUGGAGAUGCGGAUGUUGAGGUGGACGAUAGGUGUAACGCUAAAAGAGAAAGUAUCCAACGACACCGUGCGCUCCAUCUUCGGUGUCGUCCCGAUAACUGAGAAGAUGAAGGAGGCGCGACUGAGAUGGUUUGGUCACGUCUUGCGGCGGGAGGAAGAUUCUGUUGCCAAAACCGCUCUGAAGCUCGACGUUUCAGGAGUGAGGCCGCGCGGGAGGCCAAAGAUUCGCUGGUUAGACCGUGUGAAGCUGGAUAUGAUAGAUGCACGUUUGUGUACGGCUGAUGCAAUGGAUAGAACCAAAUGGAAGACAAGAAGCAGAAAAGCGGACCCUGCAACAACGCGGGACAAACACUAG